CUCAAGGAGAAAGUAAACAGCUCGGCGUAUAAGCACCUUAUCGCUCACGAGCAGGCGCGUAAUAACCGCGCUGCGCUAUCCAUGGUAUCGAAAGACAAAACAAGCGAGAAGAGAGCUGCGGCAGAUGUGUUUGUGGCAGGUUGUUUUCCGGUGAUGCAGGUGGACAAUAGAGGGCCGAGGUCGUUCUGUUCCCCGAGAAGGUAAAAGGAUGAUAUGUGAGAUUCUGAGUAGACUGUUGGCACUUUGCGCAAUAGCCUGCGUCGCGCGAGCGGGUUCCACCCUCCAAGACGCACGAGAUUUCGAGGAGAAAGUGUCCAUUCUCCUGAAAGAAGAAUCAGAAACCCCCAAAUGCUUUGCUGAAGGGAGGAAGGACUUCACGUGCUUCUGGGAGGAAGAUGAGGAGAGAGCUGGCUCUGUGGAUCAGUACUCCUUUACAUAUACCUACCAAAAUGAAAACAGCAGCAGGUGCCCCCUCAGAGCCGUCCCUACAGCAGGUGGGAAAAUGCUGUUUGUCUGUCAUCUGAACCGAAUUCCGAUGUUUGUCCAAAUGGACAUCCAAGUUCAUCGGGAGGGAAUACUGAUACACAAUCGCAGCCUCCUCAUCGAACUCGUCUUUCUUCUGGACCCUCCUGCUAAUGUAACGGUGAGCAGCACGGGUCAGCAAGGCCAGCUGAAUGUCACCUGGGUGCCACCUCCUCUGAAGUAUAUGGAUGACAGCAUGAUGUAUGAGGUCUUCUAUUCUCUGGCUGACAGCCACAUCGGGAAGGUUGAAGUGGCCCGGGCACGUUCAGAAUAUAUUUUGAGAGGCCUGCAGUCCAGUAGAAAGUACAAGGUUCAAGUCCGUGUAAAACUGGAUGGAGUUAGCUACAAUGGCUACUGGAGUGCUUGGAGUGACCCAGUGUUCAUGGAAACUCUUCCUGCAGAAUUUGAUCCGCUCAUCAUCUCCUUGACGCUCAUCAUCUCUUUCAUCUUCAUUGUCCUGUGUCUUGCUAUGCUCCUGUCCCAUCAUAGGUUCCUUAUAAAGAAGAUUUGGCCAGCUAUUCCAACUCCUGACAGCAAAUUUCAGGGGCUUUUUACCAUUUAUGGUGGGAACUUUCAGGAGUGGUUAGGACAAACCAACGGAAGUUUGUGGUUGACGCCAGCUUUCAUCUACUCAGAAGAAUGCCCCUCUCCUCUGGAAGUACUCUCAGAACUGAGCCUAUGCCCCUCAAUGCCCUCCCCACCUCUGCCACCCAAGGCCUCUAGAGCUUUGAGUGCAGUCAGGAAUGAAGGCAGGGAAUUGAGAAAUGGGCUUGAAGAGAGAGCACUGUUGGUCAGAGACAAUUUAGAUGGCAAGACAGAUGGGGAAAGAGCCGCACCGCACCACCACUUGUUAUUGGACCGCUUGCGGGCACUCCAUCAGCACCAGGUUCCCUGCUCGCAGUCUUCUCUGCUGGAGUCUCAAGACACCUACGUCACCCUCAGUGCCAACAACAACAGUGACGAUGAGCGCGUGGAUAGAAACCUCGAGGAAGCCUUGCCCCUUGAGGCUCCUUUUCCCUCUGGAAAUACAGCUUUGUGUGAAUCUCACUCUGACCUGGGAUCAGCGCCUCAAAGCUCUGGAUCAGGUUGCAUUUCUUCCCAGUCCAGUUUUGAGUACCCAAACCAUGCCUGGAUGGCCAAAGGCCCCGGGUAUACCUACAUGGCAGUGGCAGACUCUGGGGUCUCAAUGGACUAUAGCCCCAUGAGCAGAGUUGAUGAAAAUGGAAAAGUGCCUGUCUACACCAACGAGUACAAGAAUGCGAUCCCUGCUCACAGGAAACCCUUCUUGGUGAGGCAGUACCCUGUCCAUGAUGAUGGCUGAGAGGAAGCUAAACUGUUUUAAAACAGACCCUGUAAAGGGAAUUUGGAUAUUUACCUAAGGAAACAUGGCUUCCCAUCAACUGUUACGAAAGUAACUGGUGAGGUGACUGACACCACAGUGUAAGCUAAAGAACUCUGUACAGGACACUGAGGGAGUGAACUUCCUGAGUUUCUCCACCAUGAAGAAUUUUGUAAAGCUUCACGUUAAGGCAUACAUAUUGACCAUUACCAGGUUUCUUAUUAGCAUGCAUACUGGUAGCAGACUGGUUCUUUAUUAGUCAUUAUAAAGCACUUUCUGAUGCUGCAGUCUGCACCAUAUACUACAAAAGGUAGUAAUUUGCCGUCUAAUUACUCCUUAUUUAUGGUAAAUAAGAAAGUAGUUAUUCAUGACUUACUGCCAAAAUAAUAGCAGUUUUCCUUUUAUAGCAUUUAAUGAAUAUGGGGUAUUAUUUUUGAAAGACCGCAGAAAAGUAAGUGUUAAUAGUGUUAAAAUAACCAAAAAUGUUUAUUUUUCUAAUUAAGCAUAUGGCCUUCAUUUUCAAGUCUGACAGUUUGACAUUGUUUACUCAUUCUGGUUCCUCAUUCUAAAGUUUCCUCAUCUUCACACUUUGCAAAUCCAUGAUAGCAAACAACUUCUGCAAUAAACAGAGUAAUUGGUCAGGCCUCGGUGGCACAGCCCUUGAGAUUGGCUGGCAAACCCCUGGUAACCGCCAGUUGCUACAGAAAUGGUUGGUGAAUGUUAGGAGCCUUCCACACUGAAAAACCUGUAGGUUGACAAAGGUGCAAAGGAGCAAGAAGUACAAACUUGGCACAACUAACUCCAUUCUCCUUUAUUAAUGGAUAGCAUAUUUUUGUUAUCAUAUCAUGUUUAAGGCAUAGAAUAAAUGUACUGCUUUAACUUAAUUUUAUAAUUUUCAGCUGAUAGAGCUUUUAAAUUUCUCAGCAUGAGGUGCCAUUUAGCACCCUAAUUCACACAUCGAAAAAAGCUACAGACAGACAGACUGUGCAGCAUAACAGACUUUUAGGUGAACUAAGCAGUAGGAGUUAGCCUCUAGCUUUUAUGUCUUCUUGUUAGAAGUAACGCAACUUUCACAUUUUUUUAGCUUGUUGUAAGCUCAAUCUUCAAGUGUCUGCAAUCUUUGGUAAAUUAUAUCGUUACCAACAAUAAACUGUGAAAUAGCACCAAUUCAAUCAUCCAAUUGCCAGAAAACUGCUAUGAAAAUCAAAAACCUCUAUUUUGGCAAAGGUGUGUAAAUAUAUUGUGAUACCAAUGUACAGCGAAGCUAGCACUGUCACCGAGUGCUAAUGAAGGCUGUUUUUGCUAAUCUUAGCACUAGCAUGCUAACAUUUUUUUCAUUAAGCACCAACUACACCUGAGCCUAAUGGGGAUGUGAUGUGAUUUGGUUAAAAAGUUGUUCAGAAUGAUUCAUUAAAUUUCACAGCAGCCACUUUGAUAUAAAAAGUACACAGGUGUACAUUCUCUCUUUAUGAUAAUGAUCGUAGUGUAUAGUAUGUAUAUAUGUCUGUAUCGCUUCCUUAAAGGGUGGGCCAAUCUGUAAAAACUGUGUAUAAACA